ACAAGCUCAACAACAAGCAACCGUCCGUCAUGACAGCGUCUCGCGCGACACGCUGAAACAGUCCUCAUUUCUCUUUCUUCAUACUAAUACCAGGUCGACGGCGACGCGGCCAUUUUUUGUUGUUGUACUUUCCCACACCCCUCCUUCGCCCAUGUAUCUCUCUUCUUGAUAUUCCUUUUCCUCCACAACGACGACAGCAUGGCUGUCCACCUCACCCCGGUCCAGGUCGAGCUCAUCAACUCACUUGCGCCCGACGACAUUCCGAUUAAGCUGCGAUGCGCCAGCUGUAGCAAACCCGCCGUCAACGCUUUCCGUCUUCCCUGCUGCGAGCAAGCCAUCUGCGAGACUUGCCAAAGUUCCCUGCCCUCAUCCUGCCCCGUUUGCGAGCAUUCACCCGUAUCCGCCGACGACUGCACGCCGCUCAAGUCACUCCGAACAACGAUCAAGGUUUUUAUUCGAACCCAGGAGAAGAAGCGUGACGAAGCACGAUCAAAACAGGCAAAGGACUCAGCGCCUCCUACUCCAAUUGAUGCGAAGCCGAAUGCGCAGAUCGCUGGCCCCGAUGAGACUCCUGCCGCCGACACACCUCCACAACCCGCCGUGGUCUCCGACGAACGCGAAGAGAGCGCCGUUGCCCAGCCUGAGCCAGUUGUAGAAGCCAAUCCGACCGACGAUGCGGAUGCUGACGCCACUGCGGCACAAGACCAAAACGAUGCGCCCAACCACGACGAAGAGCCUAUCCUCUCUAAGGGAGAGGAUGACGAUGACGAGACGGUCAUUAUCACUGGCGAUGAGACCGCGGCCGAUGGCAGCAAAUUAGUGAGACCGCAGGAGGACGACGUUGCGGACGAUAACGACGGCGCAGAGGGCGACGACGCGAAUGCGAACGGCAGCGCCAACUUCAACGGAAUGAACGGAGGCAACUUUCAGAAUAUGAACUUUACUGGGAAUGGUGACUUCAACCAAAUGCAGAUGAUGAUGGCCAUGCAGAACGGCAUGGGCUCCAACUCGUUUGGCAACUUUCCAAUGAUGGGUAUGCCAGGAAUGGGUAUGGACCCAAUGGCGAUGCAGAACAUGUACAUGAACGGCGGCUAUGGUCCUCAAGGCAUGGGCAUGGGAGGCUUCAGCGGUGGUUUCGGCUCAGGCUCCAAUAACUGGAACGGGCAACAGUCAUGGAAUUUCGGCCAAGAUAAUUUCAAUUCUGCUAAUGCUGCUGGCAUGGGAUCUGGUGACUAUGGCAACUAUAACUCAGGAUUCCAGUCAGGGUACAAUCAAGGUAAUUAUGGUCACCAAUUCAAUGAUUACCGCCGCAACAAUUACGGCAACCGUGGACGAGGAAGAGGACGCGGCUUUUACAACGGUGGCUACGGUCGAGGCGGAUACCAACAGUAUGGCGGCUAUGGUGACCAAGGCCACGCGCAACAACAGUAUGGAAACAACAUGCCCGGCCAGGGAUCCGAGGAUGGAACCCGUGCGGCAGGCAACGUUGACGAGUUUGGACGCGAGCGCCCAAAUGACCAAGACCAAGAUGCGACUUCCAAUGCAGGAGGUGGCGACAACACAGAUGGCGGUGACCUGUCCAGACCUGCGGACGAAGGCGGGGACGAGCAAGGCCAAGCGGAUCAGGAGAACGCUAUGAAUACAGACAUGGCACAGGCAUCCGGUGACUACUCUGCGUACAACGGGAACGGCAUGUCGGGAGGUUAUGGUCCUCCAGGAUUCGCGCCUACCGCCCCUGAUGUUCCUAUAAAUGCUCCGACAGGUCCCAAGGCUAUGCGUCAGGGUCUGCCGAAUACAAGUUUGCACACCUUGCGGGCGCGAGGAUACGUUGUCCCUGAUGAGAGAGGCCGACAAUCGUCGGUGGACGCACUCGCAAUUGAGAGUCCCGUCGUGGACCAACAGCAGCAACAGCAGCAGCGAUCCAGAAGCAACUCGUCGACGCGCACCAAGGAUAAGGACAGGAGCCGUCGCCGAGAUGCGAGCCGUGACCGUGAGAGAGAACCUGACGUCAGGUCGGAGAGAGAACAUGGCGUAAGAGAACGAGACUACUCACCCUCACCCUCACGCAGCAGAGACCAGAGUCGCGAGCGCAAGAGCGAGCGCGGCGCCGGCGACCGAGAUCGGGAACGCGACCGCGGCGAUCGCCACCGGCGCCGGCGCAGACGGUCAGAAUCGAGAUCCGUCGUUGAUGAUCGAGACGAUGAGUAUCGUCGCAGGAAGCAUAAGAGCAGAAAGCACACCUCAUACAAUGACGAAGACGACGUCAAGUCCCGGUCCAGAGACGACGGUCAGCACGAAGAGAGGUCCAGGGAGGCGUCGCCUAGCGACUCGAAACGAUCUAGCCAUAGGAGCCGCAGAGACCGUGAUGGGAAGCGCCGCGAUCGAGAGAAGGACAAUAAGCACCGGGACGACGACUACGACGACUACCACAGGAAGUCUAGCCACCGCUCGCACAGAGAGAGGGACCGGGACCGGGACCGAGACCGGGGAGAUCGAGACAGGGAUCGGGAUCGGGAACGUGAUCGCGACUACGACCGUGAUCGUGACCGCAAGGACCGCGACCGCGAGAAAGAUCGGAAGCGCGACAAGCACAGGGACCGGGAACACCGUCACCGCAGCAGCCGGAAGCAGUCGGCGGAGCCGCCUACCCCAGUCGACAGGGACUUUAACCCGCCCACCGGCCCUCGUAGCGGCGGCGGCUCCGGUCUGGAGAUCAAGGGCGUUGGCUCGAAAUCCGGCAGAUCGUCCGACAGACAGGACGGAGGACGCCGAGACUCCCAGGCCUCCGUCACCAGCAAAUCCGCGCCCAGCGUCCCUACGAAAGACGCUCACGCCCUGGAGCGCGAGGCACGGGAUCGCGAGCGUCUGCUGAAGGAGACGCAGCGCAUGGCUGGUCUAGCGGGUUUGGCGGGCUCGAAACGUAGUAGAGAUGAGAGUAGUGGCGGCGGAGGCGGUGACGACGGCAAGCGGAGCCGGCGGAAGGGGCGCCGUAGCGAAGCUAUCAGCAUCGACGAGGAGGAGGAGCGGAUGCGUCGCAUGGAGGCGGAGCGCGAGGGCAGCCGUUGGGGCUAG